UCGCUUCUUCUUUGUCCCUCGCUCGUCGCCUGUUCUUCGUGGUCGAAUCCCUCCGCUUCCAGUUCCAUUAACACUUUUCCUGGAAAUUUCCAGAUCUAGCUUUCCAGAUCGCUGAUCUCCCACCGCUUGGCGUGGUCGCCUACGAUGCCUCUCUUCCUCUCGGAGGAGGAGUUCCGACUCAUCUCAGAUGACGCCACUGCUGUCGCACAGAGCGCUGACGCCGCCAUCCGCGACCUCCACCGCCAGCUAGACACCUUGAAGGCAGAGUCCGAUGCCUCUUCCAUUGCAGCUGAGCAGAACUGCGCCCUCUUUGAGCAACGCUAUGAGACCCUUUCGUCCGACUUGGCGCAGGUUCGAGCCGAGAACGCUCAGCUGUCUUCAUCCCUCGAGAAGAGAUUUUCAGAGAUUGCGGAUGCGCAAGCUGAGAAGCACCAGCUCCAUCUCAAGGCUAUUGCAAAGGACGGAGAGACUGAAAGGCUAUCAUUAGAAGUAGGUGAAGUCAACAAGUCUAAACGACAUUUGCUGGAAUUGCUGGAACAGAAGGAUGCAGAGGUCAGAGAGAAAAACACCACACUUCAGAGCUAUUUAGACAAGAUUAUUAAUCUCACCGAAAGCGCUGCUGAAAAGGAGGCAAGACUGUUAGAUCUAGAAGCGGAAUGUGCACGCGCUCGUUUUACUUGUAAUUGUGUCAAUCAGGAGAAGGAACUUCUUGAAAAGCACAACACAUGGCUUAAUGAGGAAUUUUCCAUGAAAGUUAACUGUCUAAUUGAAGAACGAAAGGCACAUAUGGAAGUUGUAGCAGAUUUAUCCGCCAAACUUUCUGAGUCUGAGAGGCAGAUUAAUGAGUAUUCUAGUUCACUUAAACACAGUACUGAAAGGGUGGAUGAGUUGGAGCUUAAAAAUGCUUCCUUGGAAAAGGAACUUUGUUCAUCCAAGGAUUCUGCGGCAACCAAUGAAGUGCAACUCACAUCUGAACUCUCAACUGUAAGAAAACUUGCUGAGCUUUAUAAAGAAAGAUCCGAGGAAUGGUCCAAAAAGUCUGGGGAGCUUGAAGGUGUUAUCAAAGCCUUAGAGACACAUCUUUGUCAAGUUGAAAAUGAAUACAAAGAUAAACUUGAAAAGGAAUCAUCACAACGGAAAAAUCUUGAGAAGGAUGCUGCAGACAUGAAAGGGACAAUAGAGAAAUAUGAAGCUGAACUUGAGAACGCAAGAAAAUCUAGUGAAAUAAGUCUUGUUCCGGUGGCCAAUUUUCAUUCAGAUUCAAGUUUAAAUGAUCUAACAGUUGCAGAAACCACCAACAAUGAGAAUAAUCAGAUUCUUGUCCCUAAGAUACCACUUGGUGUUUCUGGCACAGCAUUAGCGGCUUCCCUUCUACGUGAUGGCUGGAGUCUUGCUAAGAUGUAUGAGAAAUACCAAGAAGCUGCUGAUGCUUUGCGGCAUGAGAAGUGGGGUCGGAAAAAUGCAGAAGCUGUUUUGGCACGGGUUCUGCAUGAAAUAGAAGAAAAAGCUGAACUAAUCCUUGAUGAACGAGAUGAACAUGCAAGGAUGAUAGAGGCCUAUAAUUUGAUGAACAAAAAAUUGCUGCAGUCAUUGGAGAAGCAUGAAAAUUUUGAGAAUACAAUUAUGCAUUUGAAGGCUGAGUCGAGAAAGUGGGAGUGUGAAUAUACAAUUGCCCAGAAGGAAAUUAGUGAUCUAGAGAAGCAGGUAACACUACUCUUGAAGGAAUGCCAGGAAAUUCAAGUUCGCUGUGGUGUUACCCAGUUAUGCAAUAACAAUCCUCUUGCAAGUGCAGUUAAUAUUGAUGAAGGAAGGUCAACUUCUGAACAUCUUAUUUCUUUUAAGGACAUAAAUGAACUAGUAGAGCAAAAUGUUCAACUUCGAGGUCAUGUUGCUCGACUUUCCACUGAAAUGGAAAAUAAGGAAACAGAAUUAAUGGAUGCUUUCCAAAUUCAGCUCCAAAAGAUCACUGCUGAGGCAGCAAGCAAGGUUGAAGCAAUGCUUAAAAGGUCUGAAGAACAAGGGCAGAUGAUUGAAUCUCUUCACAGUUCUGUUGCUAUGUAUAGAAGGUUGUAUGAAGAAGAGCAGAAGAUAUCAGCAUCUACUCAUCCAAACACUGGUGAUCUUGCAGGAGAUAGAAAAAAUGAGCUAAUGCUUAUGUUUGAGGGUUCUCAGGAUGUUUCAAAAAAGGCCUAUGAUCGACUUGCUGAACGCUCUAAAGGUCAUGAGGAGGAUUUGGCAAAAUUUAGGGGUGAAGUCACACUAUUAAGAUCAGAACGUGAUAAAAAGGUUCUGGAAGCUAACUUCGCUAAAGAUCAAGUGGAUGGGCUGAAAAAGGAAAUUGAACACCAGAGGAAGGAAGCUAAUGCUGUCUCAGCUAGAAAUGUGGAACUUACUCAGUUGGUAGUUGAUUUUCAGAAGAGGCUCCGAGAAUCUUCUAAUUCUGUACAAGAAGCUGAGGAGAUUAUAAGAAAGCUAUCCAUGGAGGUGUCUAUUCUGAAGCAUGAAAAGGAGAUUUUGACUAAUUCAGAGAGGAGAGCCACUGAUGAAAUUCACAACUUAUCUGAGAGAGUACAUCGUCUUCAGUCAACCUUGGACACCAUUCAAAGUGCAGAUGAGGUUCGGGAGAGUUCAAGAACAGUUGAAAUUAAAAAACUUGAGGAAUACGCAAAACGGGUAGAGAGAGAAUGGGCUGAAGCUAACAGAGAGCUACAAGAAGAACGAGAUCGUGUUCGUGUUUUAACAAAUGAUAAGGAUAAUGCACUUGAGACUUCUAUAAAACAACUUCAGGAAAUGAAGAAAGAAUUAACUGAUGCUUGGGCUACUGUUACUUCUGCUGAAUCUAGAUCUGCAGUAGCUGAGGCCCGAUGUUCUGAGAUUGAAACAAGGGUAAUGAGUGGUGAACAAAAGGAUGGCAAGGGCGAUGCUAGAUAUGACCAUCCAAUGUUUUCUACCAAUGAGGAUUCUGGAGAAUUGUGGAGGGUGAGAGAGGAAUUGGAAAGACUAAGAGAGGAGUCACAGGCUAACAAGGAUUAUAUGGUUCAGUAUAAAGAAAUAGCUCAUACAAAUGAGAUGGCAUUGAAGCAAAUUGAAUCUGCCCAUGAGGCAUACAAAUUAGAGGCAGAAAAAGUGAAAAGGGCAUUAGCUGAUGAUGUCUCUGCCCUCAGAAAUAAGGUAUCUGAGAUGGAGAAAAAAUACAUAUUGAAGUGUGAAGAAGUUGCUUCACUUAUUGAGGCCAAAGAUAGGGAAAUCUCUGCUCUUUUUGCUGAAACUUCAAGUCUAAGGGUGGAAAUUUCUCAGAAAUUGGCUCAAAUAGAAUCGUUGGAAACACAAGUAUCUUCCUUGAAAGAAGACCUAGAUGGGGAACACAAGCAAUGGCAAAUUGCCCAACACAACUAUGAGAGACAGGUUAUGCUUCAAUCUGAGACAAUACAGGAGCUGACUAAAACAUCUCAUGAGUUGUCUUCUCUGCAAUGUGAAGUUGUAAAACUUAGGGAGGUUUCAGAUAUGCUGAAAAAUGAAAAGGAGAUCCUAAAGUCAUCUUGGGAAAAUGAAAAGACAACAUUACAUGCUAUGAAGGAUGAGUCUGACAAGAAGUACAAUGAAGUGAAUGAACAAAACAAAAUAUUACACAGUCAGCUGGAGUCUCUAUAUGCCAGAUUUGGUGAAAAGGGACAUAAUUCUGCUGGAAUUGUCUCCCAAACUGUAGAUUCAAAAGCAGAGAGUGAUUUGCAUACUGUUAUCAGCUAUCUUCGCCGAUCAAAAGAAAUAGCAGAGACUGAGAUAAUCCUGUUAAAGCAGGAAAAGUUACGCCAUCAAACUCAACUUGAAACUGCACUUAAGGCUUCUGAGACAGCUAAAGAGUUGCUUCAAUCUAAACGUGAGAAUGAUAGAGCACUAUUGUUAAAAGAUGAAGAAUUGAAGGCUCUGCUGAUUCAGUUAAGAGAAAUAAAUUUGCUUCGUGAAAGCAACGUGCAGCUUCGUGAAGAGAAUAAGCACAACUUCGAGGAAUUCCAGAGAUAUCUCAAUGAAGCACAAAAAGCUAGAGUAGAUGCUGAAAAGUUUGAAAAUCUUUUAAGGGAGAAACAAUUGCAGUACGAUGCUUCCCAGAAAGAGGUUGAUGUGUUGAGGACACAGAUAGACCAUUUAAAUAUUAGAAUUUCUGAGUUAGCUGAAUGUUACAAGAAUAUUGAUCUUGUGGAGUAUGAAAAGAUGAAAGAUGAACGAGAGAAGCUGAAGGUGUUUUUGAGGAAAUCUGAGACGGAGAUUGAACUGACAAAGAAGCUUCUGUCAGAGAAACAAGAAACCAUAGCCAACUUGGACCAAAGUCUUGCUAAAUGUCAACUUGAUUUAGCUGAACAGGAGAAGAGAGUUAAUAAUGCUGUUCAAGCCCAAGGAACUAUCAAGCUAGAAAAUGAAAAACAAAAGAAAAUUAUGUCUGUUCUGAAGAAGAGAAACGAUAAUUUAAUGAAGGAGAAGGAGGAACUGAACCAGGAAAAAAUGGUUCUUCUAAAAGAGAUAGAUGACUUUAAAUCAGGUCAAAAAACCUCAGUUGAGACAUCAAUUAAACAGGCUACUAAGGAAAAGGACACUAGAAUACAGAUCUUAGAGAGAACAUUGGAAAGAGAGAGGGACGAGAACAAGAAGCAGAAACAAAAACGGGAAAGCACAGAGAAGACAAUUUUUGAACUUAUUCAGAAAAUCAGUAAGGAAAAGAAAGCAUUAUCUGAGGAAUUUUUAAGGCACAAACUUGCUGCCGAGGCAUUGAAGUCUAGCGGAGGAACUACUUCUCAACUUCCGUCAGAGACCACAUUGAGCGAACAGUUUGAUCGAUACAUUCAAGCUACCGUUCAGCUUGAAACUGCCCCAGGUUCCAUUGCUGAUGUGGGGCCUACCGCAGCAACCGAUACAGUGUCUGUGGAUGCAUCAAUUGCUACUGCAGGACGACGAGUUGCUACUCAGCCAACCAGGCCCUUGAUUCCUCAAGUUAAACCUACUGUGGAAAAGGAGAAAGAUUCUGCUGUGGUUCAACCGACUUCUAGUGCUCGAAGGAUAGUAGGAAGAAGGAUAGUUCGUCCUCGUCUUGCGCGGCCGCCCGAAGAGCCUCAAGCUGAUGGCGGAACAUCUGGGGUGGAGGGUUCUUCACUAACAGAAGACGAGAAAACUGGUACAUCCCACGAGCAUGAAUCUUCUGGUGACAAUUUGUUUGGGCACCCUGCAUCUUCUGGCUGCAAAAAUAUUGCCUCGACAUCCAAUGAGAAUGAAGAUGUUGCUCCUAGAGAUCUCGGUGCUGAUGCUGGAGCUCCGCUAAAGGAAAUGGACUCUGAUGAAAUGUACGGUCCCACUUCAUCAGCACAAGUUGCGCCUACUGAUCGUAAACAUCCAGCCUUAAAAACAUUGCAAAAAGAUCUUGUCGAUGCUACAAGAGAUGAACUUGGUGCCGACGUGGUGCCACCUUUAAAGAAAUCGAAAUAUACAGAUGGGUUGCAAGACCUGACCCAAGAUAUAAGCAAUGAACAAGCCGUCUUGCCCUCAGCAGUAGAUGUUGAAACAACUGAAGCUUCCUUUCCAUCUGUAUUGCAUCCAACCUCUGAGGAGAUUGAAGUGGAUCAGGUAAUGGAAGAGAUUUUGGAUAGCAUGGCAGAGGAAUCUUUUGCCAGCGACCAGCAAAAUCCAUCUCUAGAUGAAUCAGCUGUUACUGAGGACUUUCCGGACAAGCCUAAAGAAACAUGUGAAUUGUUGGAUGAAAGCCUAAGAAGCAAGGCGGUGAAUGAGAUCACAGAAAUUCCUGCCGAUGAAGAUGAUAGGGAAGAGGGAGAGCUACCAGAUGAAAUGGUACAUAUAUGAUUAUACCUUGCCACUGCCAGUAAGAUGUUCGGAACUCGUCCUUGCAGAACCAUUGUUGGAAAAAAAAAAAUGCAUGUCAUUCACCAAACUGUUCUCUGCACCGAACUUUCACGUGCAGAAUUAAUCUGGAUCUUUAAAGUAUUAGAUGAUUGUGAAGGAUCUUUCUCAAAGGGAUAAUAUUAAAUAGGUUUAGUAUAUAAGGUUAUCACAAGUAUUAUUCGUUCGCUUCGAAUGAUUUGUUCUAAAAACACCCAAACUCAACUUAACCACUGACUGAGUUUGGCCGUAGGUGACUCUUCUGUUCUUCGACGGUGUUGAACCUUUCGAUAGUGCUGGUACAUGAAAUCAACUAUUGGAAAUUUUUCGCA